AGAACCUACACCGAAGCCACCACGAACGCCGGAACCCACGCCUCCGCCACAGCAAUCACCACCACCACCACCUCCUCCUCCUCCUACCCCCGAAGAUGACCGCUCCGUCGCCGGGAAGGAAAAGGAGAAGGAAAAGCAGCACGAGCUCCCCUCGGCCCAAAACUCGCGGCGCUCGGCGCUCAACCGGUCGCUGAGCACGUUCAUGGACCGGGCGCAGACGACGCUCUUCGCCGCCUCCCAGCGGAUCAACGACCUGACGGGGUACUCGGGGAUCGAGACGCUCAAGUCGCAGAUCAGCGCGCUGGAGGCGGAGCUCGCGGCCGCCCAGGCCCGCCUGCACGCGGCGCGCGCCGCCUACAAGUCGGCCGUGGCCUCGCGGUCCGCCACCCAGCGGGAGGUCACGACCCUGCUCGCGCGCCAGAAGAUGUGGUCGCCGACCGACUUCGAGCGCUUCACGUCCCUCUACCGCCAGGACUACGAUCUCGACGCCGCGGUCGCCGCGCGUGCCGCCGAGCUCGAGGAGGCCGAGCGCGAGGCCGAGCGCCUGGGCCGCGAGCUGAGCGCGGGCAUCCUGAGCCGCUACCACGAGGAGCAGAUCUGGAGCGACAAGAUCCGCCGCAUGAGCACGUGGGGGACCUGGGGCCUCAUGGGCGUCAACGUGCUCAUGUUCCUGGUCUUCCAGUUUGGCGCCGAGCCCUGGCGCCGGAGGAGGCUCGUCAAGGGCUUCGAGGAGAAGGUCCGCGAGGCCCUGGAGGAGGAGCGUCACCUCGAGCAGGCGCUCAAGCAGGCCGAGCGGGAGAGGAAGAGGAUAGAAAAAGAAGCCACCGCUGCCGCCACCGCUGCCGCCGCCAAGGCCACGGCCACGGCCGAAGCCGAAAUAGCUGCUGACCAGCCAGAGCCAGCUACGCCCGAAUUAAAAGCGGAAGAACCAGCCGAUAAUAUCGUAAUAGGGCCGCCGAUCACGUCGUGGCGCGAGUCGCUCUCGGAUCCGGAGUGGUGGAAAGCCGCGUACGCCGACCUAUCAAGUGAUAGGAAAGUCGCCCUAAAAAUGCGAGACGUCUCUAUAAUAGUGCUCGAGGGCGCCGCCGCCGGUGCCGCUACUAUCGGUGCCAUAGCUGCCAUUUUACUCAUCCGAAGAUCUUAGAAUAGAGCACAUAGUAGUAGUAGUAGUAGUGUCGAGAGGGUAUGUAUGUACUCUUAGCAACUUCAACACCCAACCACAGCUGUUUUUGUACAACACGAUAUCCGCCCCCAAAAGGCCGCCCCCUUGAUCAGUACACCCAUGUAUAUUCAACUUGUAUAUAAAUCCGUUGAAAAAAAAGAAGGAUGACGUUUGCAUUAUCUGCUGGUCUAAUUAACGGGGGCGAAAACUACUAUAUGUCAGGGUAGACUCUGCGAUAGUAUCUGCUUGCUGCUCCAUGACGAUUUCUUCUAAACCGCGCUCAACAUUAAUCGGCUUUUGUUUCUUUUCUUUUGAAUAUUCGCCCAGCGAAUCGUAUUUCACGCAACGCCUAUGUCCGUGGCACGAGUAGUAAGUACCUAACGACGUGGCCUACAUUGAUAUCAACCGUGCAACAACAGGUCUUUUUUUUUUUUUUUUUUUUUUUUUUUUUUUUUUUU